AUGGCGUCCGCGCCAUCGGUAUCCAUCCCGACCGCCAUCCCACCGUCGCCACGAACAGUCCAGUCACCAACCACGACCUUCGACAUAGUAUCUUACUAUAAUGAGCUGAUCGAAUCCGACUCAUCGAUCACUCCUCCGAUAGCAGCGAUCGAGUCACUGAUAUCACUCCUCGCGACCACGCCACUGACCACCAUCUCCGAGACUCUGGCCUUACUGUCGACACACACGGCGAAACUUCUCGCAGCACAGCGCAACCCCAUCCCACUAUCGGCGGGAACAGAGCUUUUCCAGCGGUAUCUGGUGUCAUCCUUCCAACAGCGACCGUCAACACUCGCGAACUCCGACUUCUCGACGCUCCGCCACAACAUCAUCACGAACAGCUCACUGUUCGUCAAGCGGGCGAACGAGGCACGCGUCAAGAUCGCACACCUCGCACUGCGCUUCGUCCGCGAGGAGUCCACCAUCGUCACAUACGGAUACAGCCGUGUCGUGCAGACGCUGCUCACGCACGCCGCCGAGUCCGGCCGGUACUUCAACGUCAUAUACGUACUGCCACCCAGUGGAGACACAUCCUCAACGCUCUCCAAGUCCAUCGCCGCGCUGAACGCACUCUCGAUCCCGACAAGCACCAUCCCCAUCCACGCGCUGAAUUUCGCACUCGCGUCGCUGCCAGCCUCGCAGGCGCCGCCUCAAUUCGUCACCGGCGCGGCCGCCGUCCUCGAGAACGGGUCGAUCAUCACGCAGUUCGGGACCCAUCAGGUAGCAUUGGUUGCACGGUCGCUCUCACUGCCUUUCUACGUCGCGGCCGAAUCCUAUAAAUUCGUGCGGAGCUUUCCCCUGGGCUGUGGACAGGCCGACCUCGCCAAGAUGGGUGUGAAGCAGGAUGUGUUGCAGUUCAGCACUACCGGCUCAGGCAAGGCUCCGAGCGUCGAUGACAUGGUCGAGAUCACGCCGCCAGACUUGAUCUCUGCUUUGUUCACCGAGACCGGCAUCAUGACCCCGGACGCUGUGAGCGAGGAAUUGAUCAAGUUGUGGUUCUAG